AGUCGGUGUGAGAGUGAAGUGAAAUCGGGUUUACGCGAGUGUUUUUCCUUAUUUUAUGUCCAACUGGCCGUUGUGGGUUGCCCCAUCAUUUGUGCUGCAGUUGCUACUUACAUAAGUCGCUGAUUCGAGUAAAACUAUUGAAUAGGAUUAGAUUAUACUGUUCGUUGCAACCAAGGCUAAAAGAGAUGUCCAAAGCCAGCAAAAUCGUUCUCCGGAUCCAGUCGUCCGAUGGAACGAAACGGGUUGAGAUACCCGAAAAUGGUACCCUGCGAGAUUUGUACGAACUUGUACAUAGCAGCUUUUCCUUUGAUGACUAUGGCUUUGCUUUGUUUAAGGAACGCAACUGCAGCAAAGAAAUCGUUUCAAGUCGAUCUCAAACUGUUAAGGAAAAUGGACUUAAGCACGGUGAUAUGAUUUUUCUGAAGAAUAUAGCGGGACCUUCAACUUCGAAAGGACAUGUAAGAAGCUCUUCGGUGGCCUCUGUGUCUUCCACAAACAGUUCGUCGUUUGGUGGAGCCGCGGGUUCAAGUCGUGAAGCUACCCCAAGCACCGGCUUAGGAGCAACAGCGGCUUUGAAUGGAGAGGAUGCUGUGGAUAUUGAACUAUAUAAAAUUGAUGGAAGGAUAACGCGAAAAAGAGACGAAAAAUUAUGCCGCCACAACUCGAACGGUUGCUGCGUACAUUGCUCCCCACUGGAACCGUGGGAUGAAACCUACCUCAAGGAGCAGAAAAUCAAGCACUACUCCUUUCACACGUAUUUGAAGAAACUCACGUCUGGUGUCGACCGCGGCAAGUUUGUAGCCAUGGAGGAUUUAAACUGCAAAAUCAAGAACGGCUGUCGUGAUCAUCCACCAUGGCCCAAAGGAAUUUGCUCCAAGUGUCAACCGUCAGCCAUAACGCUUAACCGGCAGACCUAUCGACACGUAGAUAAUGUAAUGUUUGAAAACACGGGAAUCGUUGAGAGAUUCCUUAACUACUGGCGAACAACCGGCCAUCAACGUAUCGGCAUGCUUUUCGGAACGUAUGAAAUUCAUCCGGAUGUUCCGCUGGGAAUCAGAGCUCGAGUCGCUGCCAUUUAUGAGCCACCGCAAGAGAGUACACGGGACUCCAUUCGGUUGCUGGACGAUGAACACGAAUCGGAAGUGGAUGAAUUUGCCCAAAAGCUAGGCUUGCGCCGUGUCGGGUGGAUUUUCACCGAUCUGCUGGCAGAGGAUGCUGCAGCUGGCACUGUUAAGCACGUGCGAAACAUCAAAACACAUUUUUUGACGGCUCAGGAAUGUAUACUGGCAGGCCACCUGCAGAACAAAUAUCCCAACCGUUGCAAAUACGCAUCGAACGGGUACUUUGGGUCGAAAUUUAUUACAGUUUGUGUGACUGGUGACGCUAAAAAGCAGGUACAUAUGGAAGGAUAUGCGGUAUCGGCUCAAUGCAUGGCGCUGGUUCGUGACAACUGUCUUAUUCCCACAAAAGACGCCCCAGAGCUCGGAUAUAUUCGAGAAUCUUCUGACAAGCAGUACGUCCCGGAUGUCUACUACAAGGAGAAGGAUGUCUAUGGUAACGAGGUUCAACGUCUGGGGCGACCGUUGCCGGUAGAAUACUUGUUGGUUGAUGUGCCCGCUUCAACGCCAGUGGUUCCACUGUAUACAUUCCACGAACGAAAAGACGUCAGUCACUAUUUUCCGGUGGAAAACCGGCUCAUCGAUGGACAUAUUCAGGACUUUGCUGCUCUAAGCGACUACUUAGGAAGGUCGCGAUCUAUGGACUUUUUAGAGACGAUGUCGGAUUUCCAUCUGCUUCUGUAUCUUUACCGCAUGGAUAUGUUGCCAAUGAAAUCUCAAAUGGGUUCACUGCUGGAAGCAGUACGCGAUAAGGACAAAACCGUAGCCAAUGAAUGGAAGAAUCAAGAAGUGUGGCGAACAUUAGAACAACUGAUCUCUGCUACUUCACAUAAUGACGACUCCAGCAUGAGUAACGACGUAGAAUUCGUCUCGGCCGGAGAAGUGGAGCAGAACUGGACUUGCUCUCACUGCACUUUCAUCAACAGUCGAGAACUGCCAACAUGCGAAAUAUGCAAUCUUCCCCGGGUCUAAGCAACUGCGCGAUAGAGACGCGUACUAAGGGUGGCUACCGAAUUUAGUAACCAGAGCGCCAUCACCUUGGAUAUCUCAAAUGUGUAUAUUGCCUGCGUACUGAAACGUUUUAAAAUUUGUGAGAUAUCUAUGUCAAUAGAAGAGUCACUCUGUGGUGCGGGAAAUAAAUAGAAGUGGGGAAAUCUUCGAAUUCUUUUUCAUCCAACUCCAUAGCAAAAUCUUUUGUGCAAAGCCUGUGUUUUUUUCGGGAGUCAAUUCCAAUGAAGCUGUGUCAAAGUCUCUGUCGUCUGGAAGGAGCUAGAAGGCCCAUUUAUACUGGCUUAUGUUUGUUUGUUUUUUCUUUCUUUUCUGGAGUGUGAAAAAGACCGAGUAGAUGGAGAAAGCGAUUAAAAAUUGAAUUGAAUUCUAACAUUUAAGCAAAUAUUUAUU